AUGUCCACAGCUCCGGCUAUCUCGGUGGCCUUACCAUCUCCUUUCCCCCUGACGGACCUCGAUCGUGAGAUCCUAUCGCAAACCGACGAAGAAUCCUGGUCAAUAGCCAUAAAAUCUCUAUAUGGUACCAUCACGAAUUACAUAUGCCGUGAACGUCUUCGAUGGCCGCUCGACCUAGACCCUGCCACUCAAUGCGUCAAUCAGACGCCGUUUGCCGAUCCGCACGAUUAUAAGAUCCUCCGGAAUGACUGGCCGUAUGGCGUCACGCCUGAUAUCAACCAUAUCGUGGUCUGGGUAAAAAACCCAAUACCCGUGGAUGAGCAGGCUGGUGGGGAUUUGACGCCGGAAUCGCGGGCGUUGAUCGAAGGAUUUGUCCAGAGAACGUUCGUAAAACGGUUAGAGAAGGAAUUUCCCGACGCGAAAGAAAGGGUGUUAUGGUUUAAGAAUUGGACUGCACUGCAAAGUGUGAGGACCCUAGAACAUAUCCAUGUCCUACUACGCAAUGUUCCGGAUGAUAUUGUAGUUGAAUGGACUGGAGAGUCAGCCCGAAAAUUGAGUGAUCCUACAGUUGGAUUGGUGACGACCGCAGAAUCAACAACGGAUUGCUAG